GUGGCGGGGCGGGAGCGGAGCCGGGCAGCGUUCCGCCGGCCCUUCAGCCCCAGGAGCGGCGGGGCGGGAGCGGAGCCGGGCAGCGUUCCGCCGGCCCUUCAGCCCCAGGAAGUGGUCCGGGCUAGCCCCGCCGAAGCGCAGAGUCCAGAUGUUGCUAUGAGGAGCAGUCAGCAAUGACUGAUGUGGAGCCUGUGGUGACAGAUUUCGCCGCGUCGGGACGGUCAGGCCGCCGGAACGCCUUACCAGACAUCCUGGGUUCUCCUGCUGGAGCUGGGACUUCAGACCUGCCACACAAACUGGCUGAGCUCUCUCUUUCAGAAGCUGACAUUGAUCAGCAGGCACAAGGAGCAGGAAAAUCAGCAUCAAUAAGCAAUUCCUUUGGGGACACUGCAAGUUGCAACUUGCUUUAUGAAGGAGCAGAGGGUGAAGUGCCAUCAUCCCAAGCCUUACUGGAAAGCAAAGAGACAGAAGGGAAAAGCAGUGACUCCUAACACCUGAGGACUGCUGGAUUAAUGAAACCCAUCGUCAGACUUUCCAGUUUCCUUGUGUCGCCCCUUCUGAAGUGUUGGUAGCAACUUUAGCAGCACAGACAAGAUUCUGCAGCACAUUUGUACCUAGAUGACACACAACUACUGGGUUUUUUUUUCCCACUGCCAUACUUCAAUGUUCUACACAUCCAAAUGGGAAGAGCUCUAAAGAAUUUAUCUCUUGGUUUGGGUUUUGUUGUAGUUCUGAGUAUUCACCCUGACUAAUCUCUUUUGACAGUUUCAAUCAAUAAACCUAGCAGAUGUACCAUCAGCUCAUGAGAGCUUCAAAAUAAAAUCCCUGUUUCUUAAUUUCCCAAUUCAGCUUCUUUCUUGCUGACACAGAGCUGUAGUCUCUCUCCCCACCUGAAGGUGAUGUUAAGUAAAUAUCAGCUUGCAGACAUGGUCAGUAAUUUAGCUCCUGAGAUUUUUGUUCUUGUUAGGCAUAUGCUGAUGUGUGUGAGAGAAAGAAACCUUUCUCUUUUUUUUUCUCUCCUCCUGUCUCCAAAAGGCUUUGCAAACUACCAAACCCCCUAUGUUUGUUUUCAGACUCUGUUUAAAUGCUGUUUGCUUAUGGCAGAUCAUCUCCCUUCUCCCACUCUUGCCACUUCUGUCAUUUCCAGGCUGAACAUUGUAGCUGUUCUUGUGUAUCUAAAAUAAAGUAGCCAUGUUUGUAAGUGAUUAAAGUCGUUUAAGGUCACUGUGAUAACUAAA